GGCCUCUUUGGGUUUUCUCUAAUCAUCAGUCUCUCUCUCUCUAUCUCCCUUCGCGGCUUAGAUCCGAUUUUUGGGAGAUUCAAGCUCUCAAGAAAACCCUAGCUUUUUGUCUCUCUAGCUUUCAUCUCCAUCAGUUCAGCUCCAGUCAUGGCAGGUUUGGCACCAGAGGGCUCACAGUUUGAUGCUCGUCAGUUCGACCAGAAGUUGAAUGAUUUGCUUGAUGGUGGCGAUGAAUUCUUCACAUCUUAUGACGAGGUUUGUGAAAGCUUUGACGCCAUGGGUUUGCAAGAGAAUCUUCUCAGGGGUAUCUACGCAUAUGGUUUUGAGAAGCCCUCUGCAAUUCAGCAAAGAGGAAUUGUCCCUUUCUGCAAGGGCCUUGAUGUGAUCCAGCAGGCACAGUCUGGUACCGGGAAAACCGCAACCUUCUGCUCUGGCAUUUUGCAGCAGCUUGACUACAGCCUUGUCCAAUGCCAGGCUCUGGUUUUGGCUCCAACUAGGGAGCUUGCCCAGCAGAUUGAGAAAGUCAUGCGGGCUCUUGGAGAUUACCUCGGUGUUAAGGUUCAUGCCUGUGUUGGUGGAACCAGUGUUCGUGAGGACCAGCGUAUUCUCCAGGCCGGGGUCCAUGUCGUCGUUGGAACUCCUGGUCGUGUCUUUGACAUGUUGCGUAGGCAAUCCCUUCGUCCUGAUUACAUCAAGAUGUUUGUCCUCGAUGAGGCUGAUGAGAUGCUCUCCCGAGGUUUCAAGGACCAGAUAUAUGAUAUCUUCCAGCUCCUUCCACCCAAGAUUCAGGUGGGUGUGUUCUCAGCCACAAUGCCUCCAGAGGCUCUCGAGAUCACAAGGAAGUUUAUGAACAAACCCGUGAGGAUCUUAGUGAAACGUGACGAGCUCACCCUUGAGGGUAUCAAGCAGUUUUACGUCAAUGUUGAGAAGGAAGAGUGGAAGCUCGAGACGUUAUGUGAUCUCUACGAGACUCUGGCCAUUACCCAGAGUGUUAUCUUUGUGAACACUCGGCGAAAGGUGGACUGGCUCACGGACAAGAUGAGAAGCCGUGACCACACUGUCUCAGCCACUCAUGGUGACAUGGACCAGAACACUCGAGACAUCAUCAUGCGGGAGUUCAGGUCGGGUUCUUCCCGUGUUCUGAUCACGACCGAUCUCUUGGCCCGUGGUAUUGAUGUCCAGCAAGUCUCUCUGGUCAUAAACUUUGACCUCCCGACCCAGCCGGAGAAUUACCUCCACCGUAUCGGAAGAAGUGGGAGGUUCGGAAGAAAGGGUGUGGCCAUCAAUUUCGUGACCCGGGAUGAUGAGAGAAUGCUCUUUGAUAUCCAGAAGUUCUACAAUGUUGUCGUGGAGGAGCUUCCGUCGAAUGUGGCCGACCUUCUGUAAGAGGGAGAGAGGGCUUGUUUCGCAAGGUAGGUGUGUCUGUGUCCAUCGCCGGUGGAAGGUUUCUUGUUUCGCAAGGUACUGUUGGAUUUUGACCUUUUACUACAUCCCGGCGGUUUUUUCCAUUUUCUUCUUCUUCUAAACCUUUAAAAUUAAUUUUUCUAGUGUUUUUGGUUUUGCUGAAAGUCUUUGAAGCCAUUGUUGUUUCCUCCCCUUUCGGACGUAUAAUUAUCUCUCUGACCAAAUUUAAUCAUAUGGAGAUUAUUUAUUUAAUCUCAUUUGUGAUAUUUGCUUA